AUGCAAUGGAUAUACCUCUUAGCUGGUUUCGUGCCAUUCGUCAUCCUUGAUAUUUGGUAUAUGGGAAUAGCCGCACUAUGGACUAUAAAAAUAAUUAUUAUUACUUACAUAAUUAUAUUUGGUAUUUGUCCGUUUAUAUUUCAUUACUCAUACAGUUUCCAACGUAAAAUACUUUUUUUAAAUUUCGUACACUGGCCACCUAGUCUAGACUUUGAAAGACCAGAGUCAAUUGGAUUGGAAGGUGUAAGGAAUUUUUAUUUACACACUGAUGAGAAUGUUAAAAUUGGAGCAUGGCAAAUGCUACCUCGAUCUUUACUCAAUGACUCUACAAUACUCAAUGACGAGUACUUUGAAGCAACUUUAGCAAAUGCAAGUAAACCAGUAUUUUUAUAUAUGCAUGGCAACAGCGGAAACAGAGGAAGUAGUCAUAGAAUCGAAUUAUACAAAGUAUUCCAAGACCUAGAUUAUCAUUUAAUUGCUUUUGAUUAUCGAAGCUAUGGUGAUAGUGACCCUGCUGAAUUAUCAGAACUUGGAGUUGUUACUGAUAGUAAAUACGUAGUACGCUGGCUAAUGAAUAAAGUUAACAACAGUGCGCCUGUUUUUGUGUGGGGUCAUUCACUUGGAACUGGAGUGUCCUGUCAUGCUUUAGAUUUAUUAGCUGCCGAAAAUAUACAUCCUGCAGGAUUAUUUUUAGAAUCUCCUUUUAAUAACAUUGCUGAUGAAUUACGAUGUCACCCUUUUGCUCAAAUAUUUAGACAUUUACCAUGGUUUGAUUGGAUAAUUGUGCAGCCGUUUUAUGGAAAUAAUCUAAGGUUUGAGUCUGAUAAGCAUAGUGCUAAUAUAAAAUGUCCCAUAAUGAUACUACAUGCAGAAGACGAUAGUGUUGUACCAUUUAAUCUAGGUGAAAAGUUAUAUGAAGAUACUUUGAAGUCACAUGGGAAUGAUACGGAACAAGUUCAAAUGGUUCGAAUAAAUGCGUCAUUAGAGCUUGGUCAUAAAUAUAUAUGCCGAUACAAACCAUUACCGUCAAUUAUACAGAACUUUGUAUUACAAUCUGUAAAAAAUCAAGUUCAAUGA